GACUGCACGCUGCAGGUCUCUCCCUCCGGACACUACCUGGACCUCGACUUGUCCCUGCUGGAGCAGAAGGAUGAUCUGGAGGGUUUCUAUGAGGAGGUCAGGAAGGGGAGACGGCCAACCCUGAUCCUGCGCACACAGCUCUCCGUCCGAGUCCAUGCCAUCAUCGAGAAGCUGUACAAUUCGCAGGGGCCUGAGCUGCGGCGAUCCCUCUUCUCCCUCAAGCAGCUCUUUCAGGAGGACAAGGACCUGGUGCCGGAGUUUGUGAACCUGGAUGGGUUGACGUGCCUGAUUAAAGUGGGGACAGAGGCCGACCAGAACUACCAGAAUUACAUCCUCCGGGCCUUGAGCCAGAUCAUGCUCUUCGUGGACGGGAUGCAGGGUGUCAUCAACCACAACGAAACCGUCCAGUGGCUGUACACGCUGUCGGGAAGCCCGUUUCGCCUGGUGGUGAAGAUGGCGCUGAAGCUGCUGCUGGUGUUCGUGGAGUACACAGAGCCCAAUGCCCUGCUCCUCAUCCGUGCCGUCAACACCAUCGACCAGGCGAGAGGCACGUGCCCAUGGUCCAACCUGAUGGCUAUCCUGGAGCAACGCAACGGGGCUGACACGGAGCUGCUUGUGUUCGCCAUGACACUGAUCAACAAGACACUGGCAGCCCUCCCAGACCAGGACACCUUCUACGACGUGACGGACUGUCUCGAGCAGCAGGGCAUGGAGCGGGUGGUGCAGCAGUACCUGGGCAGCAAGGGCACCGACCUCGACUUGAAGCAGCAGUUCACGCUCUAUGAAAGUGCUCUCAAGCUGGAGGAUGGUGUGGAAGAGCCGCCCUCAGGGGGACGCAAGGAGCGGAGGAGGACGGAGGAGGGCCGGCGUGGGUGGCGAUCCCAAGGCAGCUGCCCGGAGCCUGGCCCCGAUGCCCAGCCGCUCCUGGGGUCCCCUGGCACCCCAAAGGAGCCCCCCACCGAGGACACCCCAUCCGUCUCCAUGCCGAGCAGCCCAGCAGAACCCUGUCCCGGCAGCAUCUACAAGAAUGCGUCCAGCGUGCGGCUGGCCCUGGCCUCCCCAUCAGCCGAGAAGGAGCAGCCCCUGGGCCCGGGCGAGCGCAGCGUUUACAAAGCUCGCUUCUUGGAGAACCUGGCUGCAGCCCAGAAGGAGAAGAUCUCUUCCAUGGCCAAGGGAUGGCUUGAUGUCCACGGCAAUGCUGCAUUGGAGCAUCCCACCGCUCUCACGUGGGACAGGGACAGCAGCACCCCUGAGCAUGGGAUGGAGCCACCCAGCAUAAGGUCUCGCCUGGCUCAGCCGGACACCACUGACUCCUGCAGCACCAUCUCCUCUGACACCAGGUUUAUGCUGGACAUGCUCUAUGCCAAGGGCUCCUCUGAGCUGGGGAGAGAGAAGGUCUUCCCUGAGGUCCCAUCAUGCCCCCUGGUCCAGGGUGAGGUGGAGAUGGACGCCAUGGGAGGUGGCAGCCGGGAGCAGGAGGGCACCUGGCUCCGUGGCAGGGCUCCAGAUGGGCCAGUGGCCAGUGCCCACGCCAAGCUGGCACGUGCCAUGUCCAGCAUAGAUGCUGAGACCCAUACGCAGAAGCUGGAGAACACCGGGAUGAUACCCAUCAAGAAGGACGUGGAGCUGACAUGGGAGCGCCUGGAGGCCAGCCCUGUGCAGCUGAAGAUCAAGGACUUGGACUUCACUGAUUUGGGAGAAGAAGACGACUUUGACAUCCUGGACACAGGCCCCAUGGCCAAUGACUCCUUCCACCCUCCUGGCAUUGAAGCAACGAGCGCUGGAACUCUCACGGUUCCCCCUCCACCUCCUGCCAUCCCUGGCUGCCCACCACCUCCACCUCCUGCCAUCCCUGGCUGCCCGCCCCCCCCAGGGCUGCCAGGCCCCUCAGCAAUGGAUGGCCCCUCCCAGGCCAAGAAGAAGAGGACAGUGAAGCUCUUCUGGAAGGAGCUGAAGCAGCUGGAUGGCACUGUGGGGCUGGGCAGGUUUGGCCAGGCGACACUGUGGGCAUCCCUACAGAACGUCGAGGUCAAUGCUGCCAAACUGGAGCAUCUCUUUGAGUCGCGGUCAAAGGAAGUGCCAACUUCAAAGAAGGCCAUCGAUGGGAAGAAGGUCGUGGUGGUGCUGGACCCGAAGAGGAGCAAUGCCAUCAACAUUGGCCUCACGGUGCUGCCACCCGUGCACAUCAUCAAGACGGCCGUGCUCAACUUUGACGAGUUUGCAGUCAAUAAGGAAGGGAUUGAGAAAAUCCUGACCAUGGUCCCGACCGAGGAGGAGAAGCAGAAGAUCCAGGAGGCCCAGUUGGCCAGCCCUGAUGUGCCCUUGGGCUCUGCGGAGCAGUUCCUGCUCGCCCUGUCUUCCAUCAGUGACCUCACAGCGAGGCUCCAGCUCUGGGCCUUCAAGCUGGACUACGAGAGCCUGGAGCAGGAGAUUGCAGAGCCACUCUUUGAUCUGAAGGUGGGCAUGGAGCAGCUGGCCAGAAAUCACACCUUCAAGUGCAUCCUGGCCACACUGCUGGCCAUGGGCAACUUCUUGAACGGCUCCCAGAGCAGAGGCUUUGAGCUGGGCUACCUGGAGAAGGUCUCAGAAGUGAAGGACACAGUGCACCGGCAGUCCCUGCUCCACCAUCUCUGCCAGAUGGUGGUAGAGAAGUUCCCAGAAACCACUGACCUCUACUCGGAGAUUGCUUCCAUCACCCACUCUGCCAAGGUUGACUUUGAUGAGCUGGCAAACAGCCUGGUGCAGCUGGAGCGGAGGUGCAGGGCCUCCUGGGACAACCUGAAGGUGAUUGCCAAGCAUGAGACCAAGCCAGUGCUGAAGAGCAAGCUGACGGACUUCCUCAAGGACAGCACCCAGCGGAUUGUUGUCUUGAAGGUGGUGCACAGGCGUGUCCUCAACAGGUUUCACUCCUUCCUGCUGUACCUGGGGUACCCAGCGAGUGCAGCACGGGAUGUGAAGGUGACGCCCAUCUGCAAGCUGCUGCGGGAGUUCGCCCUAGAGUACCGCACCUGCCGGGAGCGUGUCCUGCAGCAGCAGAAGAAGCGGGCUGCCCACCGCGAGCGCAACAAGACCCGGGGACGACUCAUCACUGAGACUGAGAAGUUCUCUGGCAUCACCGAGGCCACUUCGCCACCCGCCGUGGUGUCCAGUGGCCCCGAGGAGCAGAUGGAAGCAGGUCACGAGAGCAUGAAGAACGUGCUGACCUCCCCCACAGAUGCCCCUGUGCGCCGCAGCCGGGCCAGCCAGGGGACGGGGCACGCCAUCCCAGCCCAGGGCUCUCCAGCCCAGGAGGACGUUCCCAGCUCCCCAGACGAUGCUUCAGAUGAAAUCAUGGAUCGGCUGGUGAAAUCAGUGACUCACAACGCCAACCCCCGGCCUUGCGCCAACAAGGAGCGCAGGAGGUCCCGUGGCAAUAGGAAGUCCUUGAGACGGACACUGAAGAGCGGGCUCAGCGAUGACCUGGUGCAGGCGCUGGGCCUGGGGCGGGCACCUGGUAUGGAGGUUUGA